ACUACCAUCUCCAUAUCCCAGCCAGGAGAUAAAGAGUCGCUUUAGAGACACAGUCAACCAAUUCAGACACACACUUUUGACUCUAGUUUUUGAGUCAAUACAGCAAAACUCUUAGUUUAUCUCCACUUAGUCGGAAUUCGAUCUCCCUCGCCACACGCUUUAGGCCUCACGUUCACUGGCUGGGUAUCUUUUAAACCUCCUUGAUUUCCCUGUCAACAGAGCUCAAGUAGAUUAACUUUCGACUACUUUUUGCUGCCGCCUCACACACUCAAGCGUCAGCACUCAGUUUUACACAAAAAAAACCCUUGAUUUGAAAUCCUCGCUAAAAGGGAGCGGGGAUAUAUUACACGACUGACGGCCACUAUUAGCGAGAGGCCAACUAGGCACUUCUCGCGUUCAACGGCUAUUUCUUCAAAGUCAAAGAGCGAUUCAAUGCAAUUCUUCGAAACUACCAAAUCUCAAUCGAACAUCAUUAUGCACAGCAACCUUCCAACCCCUCCACCAUCACACUCUACUAGUCCAGCACCAUCAGAUAGACAAAAAUGCGUUUACGAAUGCUUACCAAAUCUUUAUCACGGUUCAACUGAAUCUCAACUAGCUAAAAACGUCAAAAUUUUUAACAGCCAACCUGAUUUCGCAGAGGAACACCCCUUCUUCGUCGCUGAUCUUUCCUCGGUUUAUAAGCAACAUAUUAGAUGGAAGACAGAGUUACCACGUAUCGAGCCUUUCUUUGCAGUGAAGUGCAACCCAGAUCCCUACGUAAUUAGGUUAUUAGCUGGUUUGGGUUUGGGUUUCGAUUGCGCAUCACAAACGGAAAUCAACACCAUCCUCUCCUUACCUACAAAUUGUCCUGCUACAGAAAACCCAUCAAAUAAUAUCAUUUUCGCAAACCCAUGUAAAGCUGCCUCAAUGAUUAAGUUUGCGCGUGGUAAUCAAGUUAAAAUGAUGACAUUUGACAACACCGAUGAACUUCACAAGAUCGCAAGACUUUAUCCAGAUGCUCAGUUAAUCAUUAGAAUCUUAACGGAUGAUUCAAAGAGUGUAUGUAGAUUCGGUAUCAAAUUUGGUGCCCCACUUGAUGCGGUUCCACAUCUCUUGAAGACCGCGAAAGAUCUCUGUUUGAAUGUUAUCGGUGUUAGCUUCCACGUUGGUUCUGGCUGUUAUGAUCCUCAAUCUUACGUAGAUGCAAUUGAGCGUUCUAAGAAGACAUUCGAGGUUGGCGAAUCUCUCGGCUUCAAGUUUAAUUUACUUGACGUUGGCGGUGGAUUCGGUCAUGACAACUUUGAACUUCUUGCAAGAUCAUUAGGACCUGCAGUUGAUGCACACUUCCCAGUUGAAACUGGCGUUCGUGUCAUUGCUGAACCUGGUAGAUUCUACGUUCAUGACGCUUUCACUUUAGCGACCAAUAUAAUUGCGAAGAGAGGAUCAGAUGAUGAUAUCAAUCAGGAUUUGGAUGAUCAAUCACCAAAAGUUAUGUUUUAUCAAAAUGAUGGUGUUUACGGUGCAUUCAAUUGCGUUAUGUUUGAUCAUGCUGAACCAAAGGCGAGAACAUUAACAGUUCAAUCAGAGUUAACUUUAGAUGAUCCGUUAUUAAAUGAAAAGAUGGUUAAAAAUGAGGAAAUCUCAUGCUCAAUUUGGGGACCAACAUGCGAUAGCUUAGAUUGCGUUAUGAAGAACCACAAAUUAUCGAAAGGGUUACAAGUUGGUGAUUGGUUGAGAUGGGAUCAAAUGGGGGCUUACACAAUUUGUGCUGCGUCAACAUUCAAUGGUUUCAGAAAAGCUGACGUCCAUUAUACCUCUGGAGCUGAUUCAGAGGAAUCACAUCAAGUUAGAAAACUUUUACAACAAACUGCACCUGAUUUACGAGGAUUAAUUAUGUACCCAUAA